AUGAUAUUAAAGGGAAUUCUUUCUUUUUUAACUAUUUUUUAUCUCCAAAAUGCCGUCAUAUCAGAUUCUCAAGAAAUUUUAUUUGAACCUACUGAUAUAAAUUCUAUUAAAAAAUUUAUCGAUGAAAACUAUGGUGCAUCCCGCAGUAAUUUUUCAGUAUUCAAAAAUUUAACUUUGAAUGAAAAAAACAAAACAGCUGGAGACUUUCACCUGAAAAUGACAACAUUGGUUGAAAAAUUAAAAAAAAUGAAAUCAAGCGAUGAAUACUCAGAUAUUUAUUAUUGGGAUUAUGCAGUAUUAAAAGAAUUAGAACCUAAUUUAGUCGGUUAUAAGAACCGUAUUGAUAUGUUCUAUUUAAAUGGUCAACUAAAAACUGUACGCAAGGCGAUUGCGUAUGACGUAAGCCAAUUAUCCUCACUUUUUUUAACUUCUUCUAGAAGUAACGAGAAAGUUGAUUACUGUAUGCAUGCUUGGGCAUUAAAUUGGUAUUCCGUAAAUCACUAUAAUUUGCAAAACCAAUUACAUGAAUCGUAUGUUAAUUUAGAUGAAUUUGACAAUAUUCGCCAAGUCUUUUAUAAUUUAUUAUUGCACUUGUCUAGUGAAGAAAAAAUUAAAGACAACAGAUACCAUUACUGUAAACGAAUUUCUUCAUUCCAUCAAGGACUGUACAAUGUAUACAGACAAGUUGUAUUUAAUAGUUUCCUAGAGUUUAGUGUAAAAUAUUUUGCCUCGAUGGGGAUGACAAUUUGUGAUUCAGAAGCCUACAUGUGGGAACUCAAACGGAUGGAGGAAAAUUUAUUCAAUUCAUUGAAGACAAUAAUGGAGUCAACCAAAGAAGUUUUGCACAACACGACAAAUUAUAUGUAUCCGUGUGAUCCGACGUACUAUGAAAACCUCAUGGAUGAAGAAAGACACCUUGAGUUAGAGAAAAUGGUGCAGACAGUAAUAAUUUCAGAAAAGGAUUUGAGCACUACGCACUCUUGCAGUCAUAACUGUAAUUUGAAUUUAAUUAAAGAUACUUUAAAUAAGACAGAGUAUGAUGAAUUUCUAGACUGUCAAUAUAGUACGCCCGAUUACAAGAUCACUGAAUUGAGAAAUAGCAGCAGACGUUAUGGAUAUUUCACCGGUUACGAUGGUGAAGACAAAAAGCAGUAUGGCGACUCCGAUCGGUAUUUCGAUAACCGUGAACAACUCUCAGAUGUAUCUAGUUCAUACAACUGGGGCACAAUGAGAUUUUGUGACUACUGUAUUUGUACUUGUGCAAUCAAGCCGUCGCGCUCGCCACAUGUAAUUACUGCUGUCAGUUUUAGAGAACAAGUUUCGGAUAUCGAAAACAACAAGGCUGUUGCGGGUCUUAAGUUUAUGAAAAAAGAUGGCAUGAUUCACAUUCAAAUCGCAGAAAGUGAAGUUCUACCUCACGGUCAACUUGGAUAUGAAGUGUGGAAGCCAUUGGAGGAAUUUACUUACAAUGAAACAACUAAAAAAUACUACGUCUUAAAAAAUAAUGAGUCCCAAAUUCCACUUGAGUUGGGAGUUGAUUAUGCACGUCCAGAUACAAUGAACUUGAACGAUGUCAUGGCACCAGAAAAGCAUGUCAUCACAGGAGUCCGAUGGCGAUUCGCCGGAGAUUCUCUUGAAUUUCCCAAGCGAAAGCAUGGUCCAAUUGAAUUACAAAUUCGAGUAACAUCUCUUGAUUUUACGAGAGGAAAAUUAAUUAAUCUCGAUCAAUCAUCAUGGAUAACUCCUAAAGAACAAGUUCUCAAAGAUGAAUUGAUAUUAGAGAAUCCAGAUAAUCCCAGGCAUACGAGUCGUAGUGCUACAUGGAUAAUUGAAGACCAAAAAUAUACUUCGAGGGCGGAAUUAAAAAUUCAUUCAACUAUAACGUCAAAUAAAUUUGUUAAAUUCCGAGCAUCUGAUUUGAAGAAAGAUGCUGGACAGUCAACUGUGCCAUUCUUUGAUGGAAGUGAAAUUAAAAUGUAUAAAAGUCUUUUUAGUGGAGUUGGUCUUGUUCAUCGCGCUCCUCCUGGUUCUGGUGGACACCUUGCCUUCAAAAUUUUCGAUUUUGACAUGUCGCCUUACUUCAACGUCACCAUGGAUUAA